AUGGCAGGCUCAAGAAGUCGUACUACACAAAGAUUAGGAACCUCAGUAUCGGCAACUGGUCAGGGUGAGCAAGCGGGCCCGCAGUCGUCGUCAUCAAGCGACCGCAGCUCUUCAUUGGUGGGAAACUUGGUCAAUGUUGAGUCAAAUAUUACAAGUCAGAAUGUAAAUGUUGAUCAGCAAAUAACUUUGCCUUUUAGUCGAUGCAGGAAAGCAAAGAACCGUUGCCUUAUUUGCCGUUCAUCAGGUCAACUUGUAGUCGUACCAUCUGAAGUAAAAUUGCGUUUAUUCGUCAAUCGGGGUAUAAUAAUUCAGGGACAAUGUCGAUGUUGCAAAAGACAUCUGAAAGGAAAGUUCUUCAAACAAAAUGAAGAAUCUCGUGUUCCAAAAGUUUCAGAUACGACCACAAUGACUAGUACAGAGGUGUGCGGUUUGUUGAACGAUCCUCGUCAUUUCUCAAGUAGAAGAUCACUGAAUUUUGAUGCUCCUGGUGCUUUAAGUGAUACUGACUACAUCAGGCUUACUAGCAUAACUUCAUUCAACUUCGAAAAUCUCCAUGACUAUAUAAGUGGAUCUGUUAAAAAUACAGCUAAUAGAAGCUCACGAACUUGUCUAGCAAUACUGUUAAUGAAACUGAGAACUGGUCUUUCACACUCUAUACUUGCAACACUUUUCCUGAUUACACGAAGAUCAGUAGGUAGAGCUAUUACAUCUGCAAGAAAAGCUCUAAUGAACAAGUUCGUACCCUUUCAUUUAGGCUUACACCACAUCAGCAGAGAAGAUUUCAUAAAUCUUCAUACAAGAGAAUUAGCUCAAGCUUUAUUUGCGGAUGGCAAAGAUGUUGCAAUUUUAGUUGCUGAUGGUACAUACAUUUAUAUGGAAAAAAGCAGUAACUACGUGUUUCAACGUCGCAAUUACUCUGUCCAUAAGGGCAGGCCUCUAGUCAAGCCUAUGAUGGUAGUAAGUACCACGGGAUAUAUUUUAGAAAUAUAUGGGCCUUAUUUUGCUGAUGGGAAAAAUAAUGAUGCCAGUAUUUUAAACAGCCUAAUGCGACAAGAAACAUCUCCGUUUCUAGAAUGGACAGAGGCUGGUGAUGUGAUGGUUGUUGACAGAGGAUUCCGGGAUUCGAUAGCUACUUUAGAGGAAUAUGGAUUUAUACCCGCCAUGCCCGGUUUUUAG